GGAGGUGGACUUAUCUGUAUCACAUGAACGGGAAGUGACAAUUUCAGCAGGAUCUAUUUUUGCAUGUUAAGUUUACUGAGAGUUAUUUUGUGUUCUUCAUCUGAAGCGCAGAUAUUUUGCGGGUGGUGUACAAAUUAAAGUAGUCAUCGAGGGCUUUUAUUACUUCGUUCAGUCUUGGAUCGCUGCCUGAUAAGGAUAUCUUCUGCUGACCACCAUUAAGUACAAUAUCAUACUGACCUGCUCUGUACUUGGUUUUGAAGCAAGGCUAGAUGCAAUAAUACCUUGAAAAUCUUCAGUAUCAAUUCACCCCGGGCAUCAGCUUGAUUGACACUUUCAACCUGCUAAGGAGAGCUUUCUAUAUUCAUUCAUCUACUGUCAUCAUAUAAUAACCUUGGUCUUAUUGUGCUACAAAAGAAUAUUUAGAUUCUGCUGAGAAUGAGCACUGGAUUUAGAAUUAUUUUUGAUCAAUAUAAGAAGCUCUAUGAAGAUGGUCCUUCAGGGCAAAAUAUAACCUGCCAGGAUGCAGAAUUAAAAGGAUUAGUCAAACAGAAGUUAAUAGAAAGGGCUGCGGAUUUAGCCCUCUUCCUACAGGAUGAUAUGGUUGAAAUUAUUUCCAAGUCUUUGCACAAGACAAUGAAUUACACAAGUACAUUAAAGUUGCUGAUUAGAGCUUUUGAAUUACUGGAGUUAGCUGCUGUCAACCUCUUCCUGUACCCAUGGAGAAAUGAGUUCAAAACAAUUAAGAUGUUUUCAGGAGCAUAUGUGCACUACCUAAAACCUGCAAUAUGUAAUGAAGACCUUAUAAGAUUCUUUAAGAAAAUGGGCUAUACAUUAAAGGAUAACCUCCAACUAGAAAUUAAAGACCUACCAUAUUCUUUGGAAUUGAUCAGGUUGGCCUUUGAAUUCUUUGUUAUGAGAAUUGAAUGUGAAAUCUUGUUGGAAAUAGUAAUCAAGUUGGACCACUACCAAGUUUCAGUUGAUGAAUUGCUUCAAGAAAGGAAAUUGAUGGAAAACAUUGAUAUUUGUGUGAGUAAACUGAAGCGCCUUCGUGCUACUGACAGAAACCUGAGAGAAAAUCUACUCAAAAAGACACCCUCCGCUGAAGAUAGUGUUGGCAAGGACUUAGGGAUUUCUAGUAUAAGAAAUCAAGCUGGUUCUCAUUCCCAGAGGGACUAUGAUGGAAAUGCAAUCCAUUCGCCAACAUGUAAAUCAGUGUGGCCUACUCCUGAAUGCCAAUGCAAGGAUGGUGAUGGUGAUUAUAACAAACACUUUACUGGGAUCCCUGAUACAAAUUGUGUUCCUUCAAUGAACCAACACCAAGCAAAAGAUAGAUAUCAGUUUAACUCCAUUAGUAACUUGCAGACAGUUAGAGAUAAAAAAAUGGUAUUGUUGGAAAACAUUGAUGCUAAAAACUAUAAACAGCACUGCUGCCUUAGUAAUGGUGAAUCUGUUCACUUCUGUUGUACAACAUGUCUUUCAUUGCACACCAUUAUGUGUGAAGCUGUUAAAAAGUGUACCAGUCAUGGUCAUUCCUUGACAUUUUUUGGUGCUCAGAGCUCAACAUGUUUGCCAGAAGCUGAAGCUUCUAAUAGCGAUUUAAAACAGCUAUCAUGUGCAGACAUGGCAAAAUCAGACACAAACUGUGGUAUUUGUAGUUGUGAAUCUGUAAGAUUUCUUUGUAAAUGUGGUAUGCGUGUAUGUUUUCACUGCGCUUAUAAAAAUAUUUUGAUCUGCGAGAUCUGUGGCAAUAGCAUUUCAAAUAGCAUUUCAUAAGCUUGAAUCCUACUUUUAAAAGCAAUCAAUUAUAGCUUGAUAUUCAAUAGCAUAAAUGAAUCUUCAUACAACUAAGUAAUUGUAUGUGAAGGGUUGAUAAAAUUGUGAUUUGCUUUGGAAAACAUAUAUUAAACACCAUUUUUUCCUCACCAUAUCAAUUUUUGCUUCAGAAAUAUUGGAAAAUAACCAAAGAAUUAUGCUGAUUGUAAAUUAAAUGCUGUUCUAAGUAUGCACAGUAUUAUCAUUUUAUUGCAAGCCAUUUUGCACAGUCAUUUCGAUGCAAGCUGAAUUAUUUUUGAUCGGUGUUGGAUUGGUUUUCAAAAUUGACACUUUUUUUUUCUCGUUUGCAAUUUGAAACAUGUAAUGUAUUACUUAGAAAAAUGUAUACUGACUUACAGCUGAUUUCUACUUUGAAAUCCUAAUUCCAAAUAUAUGUAUGAAUAGUGUUUACUGGAUGGAUACAAUUUUUUUGUUAUUUCACAUGAAAGAAAGCAAAAUAUAAGAACAUGGAAAAUUUUAUUUUGUGACUAGUAAAAGUUUCUGACUUCGGAGUUGCAAGAAUAUCAUUGCAGCCAUUGGACAAAAUCUUCAAUUCUAUCAGAAAUGCUUUCCAGAAAUUAAGGAUAAGACUCCAGAAUUUUUAUAAUGUAAGCAGUAUUGUUUCUGGCAGUACUUUUGUAAAUACAUAAAUGUCACGUGGAAUCUAAAUGAACAGUUCCACAUCUCCCAAUUCAACACUAAUUAGUCUUCUCCUGAUUUAUCGCAAUUUCAAAUUCCUUUAGCUUUUUAAUUGCUUCUCAACUGUGAGUUUCAUAUCGGGAAUAGACAUUUAUCUUAAAGUGGGCUUCACUUAGAAGAUAGGAAAUUGAAUGGGGGUGAGUGGGAAAAAGCCCCAGGACAUUCUGCAGGUAAAUCUGAUCAGAGUCCAAGUUAAGGAGAAUUUUAUUUUCAGACUCCUUUACGACUCUCCCUGUAGCCAUCACUUUUUUUUAAGCUUUACAUUCUUCCAAGAGCUCCCUGUUCGGUUUCUGGUUUUCUUGUGCAACCCAGAUUUCCUUCACUUCAGUAAUUGCAGUCAUGUUUUCAGCUGUCAAGGUCCGUUGAAUCUAAGAUCCUCUCCUUAAAUAUCUUAGCACUCCUUUUUGAACACUUUCUUUUUGGACAGUUUUUGAUCAUGUUGUCAUAGCUCAUGGUUUUGUGUCAAAUUCUAGGCUAAUCCUGCAGUUCUGUCUUCAGAUGUACUUACAAAGCAUAUUUUAAAUUUUUUUAGGAAAUAAUUUGCUUUACUACAUUGUCGCUGCUAUUACACAUGGUCAGAGAUUUUUAAAUGACUGGCACAUUACUACUGAGAAGGCUGCUUCUGUUCAUUUGAGCACAUAAUAAUACAACUUUUUACAUAGAGUAAAUUAGUGUUAAACAACAACCAACUUUUCAAUCAAAUGCUACACUACUCAAAUGAAAAUUCUCAUUUUUGUUUUAAUCCAUCCAAAAUUGUGGCAGUUUUGUAUCUUAAUCUCCCUUUUUCUUGACAAAUUUCCUAUUGCAUAUUAUUGAACCACACUCGUUACUCUUGGCUGUAUGCUGUCGAUGAAAGCAGUCACCAUCUUAAAUAUUUCUUCACAUUUUUCUUAUAACAAUUACAAUAAAAUUUUAUUGACUGCUGUACUCUGGGAACAGUUUAUGAUAAUUAACAUGGAAAUACUAGAGCAAGAUUUUUUUUAGAAAGUUAGCAAAGCAAUGGAACA